UUUUUUUUAUUAAUUUUUUUUGCACACAAAAUAAACAUUUUCUAAAGAUACAUACAAACAAAAAGAUGCAUAUCAAACAUAUUAAGAAGGUUGCACAUGUGAAGAUGGGGAAUAGAAAUGGGGGGUGGGAAUUAAAGAAAAUAAAUGAGAGAGGGACUUUGUAUGGAUCAAUGAAUCAAUGAUAAUAACUCAAUCCUCUAUUUGACAAAGAAGAAGGAGAAGGAAGAGGAAGAAAAAGAAAGUGGGAUAGAGGAUCAGAAAGGGAGGAAAAUAGAAAAAAAUAGAGUAUGACUCCAGGGUAGACCUGUUUUGUUGUCACUGGGUUGGUUGGUUAGUUUGUCUGUUGUAUUUUUCAUAUGUUUCGCCAUGUUGGCCAGGCUGGUGUCGAACUCCUAGCCUCAAGUGAUCAACCCGCCUCGGCCUCCCAGAGUGCUGGGACCAGAGGCGUGAGCCACCACGUCCAGCCCGCAUAUUGCGUCUGGCCUCCGUGGUAGACCUCCCAGACGGGGCGGCCAGGCAGAGGCGCUCCUCACUUCUUCCCAGAUGGGGCCGCCGGGCAGAGGCGCUCCUCACUUCCCAGACGGGGCGGCCGGGCAGAGGCGCGACUACAGUGUUUUUCUUUUGUCUGUUUCCACUAGCAUAAAAGACUUUAUAUUUUUAAAAAGUUUCUUAUCCCAGAAAAUAUCACAAUCCAUUUAGAAUAUGAGUUCAGGCUCAAUUCCUUCCUGAUUCUACAGAAGAGCUCAAGAUGUUGCAGACCUUAUCUUAAAAGCUGGCUCAGAAUCGCCGGAUUUGGUAGUCAUCUAAACAUUUCAUAAAUAAUUUACUAACUCUCAAAACACUAAACCAGCAGGCCCUUGAUUUCAAAAGCAAAUCUUGCUGGGAUGGAGUGGGGCAGGGGACCUGGGAUGCGGGAUGAAAGGGGUUGGAAAUGAGGAGAUAUUGGUCAAAGGGUACAAAGUUUCAGUUAGUGUCAAUAAUAAGUUCUGAAGAUCUGUUGUCUAACAUGGUGACUGUGAUUAAUGUACUGUGUCCUUAAAAAUUGAUGAGAGUAGAUCUUAAAUGUGCUCUUCAUUAAAAAAUGGUGCAAUGGAUAUGUUAAUUUCAUUGAUGUAAUCAUUUCACAAUGCAUACAUAUGUCAAAACAUCACCUUGUACACCACAAAUAUACCCAACUUUUGUCAAUUACACUUUAAUAAAGCUGGGGGAAGCAACUUUUUUUGGGCACAGCAUCCGGCUUUUAUUUACUAACUUUGAGAACAGAGUACCUUGAUCAAUUAAAUGGUAGGGAGCGCUGUGGAGACAGCAUCCUCCCCAGUCCGGGAAGAGAGGCAGGGAAAGGAGGCCUAGAAUGCCUGGGGCCCAGCGGCCUCUUCCCUCCUGGCGUCCCCGGCGGCCUUCGCUCCCAGGCCCCGCAGUCUCAUUUGCCGCUUCCGACGCGUGACCCCGGCGCGCUAGCGUCCGGGACCGGUGACAGGCGCGGGGUGCGCCAAGCGGUCCCAUGUGUCCCCUCCCUCUCGCGGCCGCCGCAGUCGCUGCGCCCCGAGCCUCGCUCCGGCUCCUCAACAGAGCGCUCGCCGCCGCCAUGUCUACCGCUCGGCCACUCAAAUCCGUGGACUACGAGGUGUUCGGGAGAGUGCAGGGUGUUUGCUUCAGAAUGUAUACAGAAGAUGAAGCUAGGAAAAUAGGAGUGGUUGGCUGGGUGAAGAAUACCAGCAAAGGCACCGUGACAGGCCAAGUGCAGGGGCCGGAAGACAAAGUCAAUUCCAUGCUGGAGUGCAGUGGUCUGAUCUAGACUCACUGCAGCCUUGACCUUCUGGGCUCAAGUGAUCUUCUCACGUCAGCCUCCUGAGUGCACAUGCUGGCUAAUUUGUGUGUGUGUGUGUGUGUGUGUGUAUUUUUUUUUUUUUUUUUGUAGAGAUAGUGUCUCACUAUGUUGCUCAGGCUGGUAUAUGACUCUUGGCUUCAGAUGACUUUCCUGCCUCAGCCUCCCAAAGUGCUGGGAUUACAAAAAUAAACUUUAUUUUUGAGAACAGUUUUAUAUUUACAGAAAAAUUGUGAAGAUAAUACAGAGAGUUUCCAUACACAGCCCACACAAUUUUCCUCCUGUUAACAUUUUACAUUAAUAUGAUACAUAUGUUAACAAUUAAUGGACCAAUAUGGAUACAUUAGUAUUAACUAAAAUCCCUAUUUAUUUAGAUUUCAAUUUUUACCUAACGUCCAUUUUAUGUCUUAGGAUCUCAUUAUUGUAUUUGCUUUUUAAUUGGGCAUUCUUAUGAAAUUAAGAGAAGUGACAUUUUGGCUGGGUGCGGUGGCUCCUGCCUGUAAUCCCAGCACUUCGGGAGGCUGAGGUGGGCGGAUCACUUGAGGUCAGGAGUUCAAGACCAGCCUGGCCAACACAGCGAGAUCCUGUCUCUACAAAAAAUACAAAAAAUAGCUGGGGUUGGUGGCAUAUGCCUGUUGUCCCAACUACUUGGGAGGCUGAGGCAGGAGAAUUCGCUUGUGUCUGGGAGGCAGAGGUUGCAGUGAGCUGAGAUUGCGCCACCACACUCCAGUCUGGGCAAUGGGAGUAGCCUGUCCUCCCCCCCCGCCCCCCAAAAAAGACAGAACUGACAUUUUUAUGAUAUUAAAUCUUCCCAUUUAAGAACACACAGAUGUUGUUCCAUUUGCUUAGAUUUUAAAAUUUAUCAUUCAGUAUGAUUUUAUGGUUUUCUUUACAUAGGUUUUUGUGCUUUUCUUGCUAAGUUUAUUUCUAAGUAUCUUAAUGACCUUUUCACUAUUGCAUAUGGAUUUCUUUCCCAUUUAUGUUUCUAGUUGUUCAUGCUUAAAUAUGGACUAUCUAAUGACUUUUGUAUAUUAAUUGUAUAUCAUAGUAUUACCUUAUCAAAUAUUAUUAAUUCUAUCAGUUUUUUUUAAAAACUAUAGUCUAUUGUGUUUUUAAAGAAUACAUUUAUGCAAUUAGAAAAAUGGUGUAUCUGUUUUUCAAUGACUUCAUUUGUCAGACCUGCCAUGACAAUGUUUAAUAAUAGCAAUAGCAGGCAUGCCUGUUUGGUUUCUGAUUUUAUUUGAAAUAGUUUUAUUGUUUCACCUAGUAAAAAGAUGUUUGCUGUUGGUUUUAGGUAAAUAUACUUUAUCACAAUAAAUUUUACUCUAGUAUUCCUUGAAU